AUGGCUAAAUCAAUCGAGAGUGUCUUCGAAGUGACGCUUCCAAUGAGAAUUUUCUGCAAAGCUUUUGGCUUUCAACUCUUCACAGUGUUCAAAAGUGAGAAGGAAAGUCAGAAGAUCAAGGCAUCCUCAAUAGAUAUCAUUUGCGGCAUUUUCUCAUUCACUUGCUAUGCUGUGGUUUUGGGAGUGAAUAUCAAGUGGGAUAUCUAUGACGGAUACACUUCUUCGCUCAGCAUGAACUUGAUCAGCAGAUGCAUCGCAAUAUAUGGCUCUCUGGUUCAAGCUGUUGGCGUUCUUAUCAACAUCUACUUCAGGAAGUGCAAUUUGAGGCUGCUGCAAAACCUCCACAAAUGCGAUUCCAUUAUGCGCAUCCACAAUAUCGAUCAGAAUUUUGCUCGUCAAUACAGAGUUAUCCUGCGCGGUGUGAUUGGAUUCGUGGGUCUAAUGAUGUUGUUGGCCAUCACGACCCUUCUUCUACAUGGCGAUGUUGCUGGCAUGAGUGCAAUGCGCCACUUGUGCCACACAAAUGCCUUUGUCAUCACCAUUUCUUACGUGGCUUUUAUGCUUCAAUUCAUCUUCACGCUGAUGGUAAUUCGAUGGCGCUUCUCCACCCUCAAUAACGCUUUUCGGAAACGCUUCAGCUUGGGAAGAGUGCAGGAAUUCUCCGUGAGAAAAGUGGAUGCUCUCAAGCUGUUUUGGAAGGAAAACGCUGUUUUCAUCACGGAUCUGUCCAUAAUGCACGAUUUACUCACAGAUUCCGUCAGUCUUCUUAACUCUUGCUUCUCUGUUCAGGCAAUGUGUUGGAUUUGUGCCAGUUUUGGCUUAAAUGUUCUAGGCUUCUACACAUUCUAUCGUUGUAUCGUGCAGAAUCGCUGGGAUGAACUUCUGAUAACUGCAAUCUAUGCAAUUUGGCAAUCUUAUGACUAUAUGUUUGUGCUUCUGGCCAUUAAGGAAGGAAGCAACAUAACUCGACAGAGUCGCAAGAUGGCAAUUUUGAUCCACAAAGCCAUCAAUAAACACAUGGAUUCGCCUCCGCUCACUGAGAAGCUUAAAUUGCUCUCUCAACAACUUCUACACAGACGUCCGGAAGUCUCUUGUGGAUUUUUCACCUUUGAUUGGCCUUUUGUCGCCGCGACUGUUGGCGCCAUGUCGAUGUAUCUUACAAUCAUGAUUCAAUUUGAUGCAACAGCAAGUGCAACAGCGAGCAGUGCUUGA